CAACCAAUGAGAGACGUCGACGCAGGUGAAGCCGGCGGUCGGCGGAGUGAUAUGUGACGUCACAACUCACACUACGCCCCUUCAAGUUGAACCUCCGCUGCCUGAGUCUAUAGUCCACUCUGAGCUGUGUCUAUCCCUGUGUAGCCUAAAGCACAAUGGCGUCCGGGGUGAAAGUAUCAGAUGAAAUCCAUCAAGCAUAUACAGAGAUCAAAAAGGGCAAGAAGUAUAGAUACAUCAUCUUCCACAUAAAAGAUGAUAAAGAAAUCUGCAUUGAAACGUAUGGUGAUAGAGAUGCUGCAUAUGAUGAUUACCUACAGCACCUGAGUAAUGUGGGGCCAGAUCAGUGCCGUUAUGGUCUUUAUGACUUUGAGUACGAGCAUGCGUGCCAGGGGACUUCAGAUACAACGAAGCAGAAAUUAUUCCUCAUGUCUUGGUGCCCAGAUACUGCAAAGAUAAAGAAGAAAAUGUUAUAUUCUUCUAGCUUUGAUGCCCUUAAACAUGCCUUGGAAGGCGUUGGCAAAUAUAUCCAGGCUACUGACAUGGCUGAAGCAUCGUACGAGUGCGUGUUGGAAAAGUGUCGCUCGACAGAUCGUUCCUAAGCUUGCGAUGAGAGGCCCCUCACUAAGCAGCCCUUGUUCUAUGUAUUGUCACAACACCCCAGUUUUACACUGGAUUCAGUUCUGGCCAACCCCACUGCAAUGUGAGGGGCCCAUCAGCACCACCCGCACUGCGGUAAUGCUGCCCUAGUCAUGCCCGGGCCGCAACUGUUACUAUGCUACCCAUGCAGCAUCAGGGGACUCAUUGUUUUAUACUUGUGAUUUAUUUUGAUUACAGUUAAAUUGGUUGGUGUGUAGGUGGGUGGCAGCAGUUGUGCACUGGUUGAAGCUCUACCUUGCUGUGAUCAGUGACACUACUUAAAGACCCUUGAAGAGGCAUUGGAAUGUUCAUGCCUAGAACCGUAAACUAGUGCCAUCUAAGUCCAGUACUGGUUAAUUGCAGUUUAAGUGUAAGUAGCUAAUUUGGGCUCUCAGAUUUAGAUAAAUCAUUGUUGGCCCCUAAACACCUGAAUUUGAGCUGCCCCUAUAACAUUACCAGUGUCACCUGCUGCUACGUGUUGGCAGACAAGUUUAGUAUUACAUGAAGCUCUUCCAUUUGUAUGUUAUGUCUUUACAUGUGGAUAAGUCACUUCUAUGAAUUUUCAUUAGUUAAGCUUUAUAUAACUGAACCACAUUGGUAGGCAUUGCCAGCAUGGCUCAAAGUAAUUUUUGUAAUUGAAAGUGCUCAAAAUCUUUUGUUGCAUCAGGUGUUGCAAUUAUGGAAAAAAAAAACUUUGAUUACUUAAAAGUUUUGUAUGAUUUAAUAGUAGGAUGUCAACUUGUCUAAAUAAAUUUCUUUUUAAU